ACUUCCGCCCGCCGCCGUGACGUCACGGGCGGCCGCCGGUGUCCAGGGCGGGUGCGGCGCCGGAUGGAGCGGCCGGGGGAGCCCCGGCGGGGCCGCAGAGGCACCCGGCAAUACGUGUGAGCUGAUUUUGCCUGGCUCCUGCAGUAGCCUGGCUCUCUGGUGUCUGAUGAUGAGUGUGACCCACCCCAGGGGAUGCCUCCUGGACCUGCCCUGGGAAGACAUCUUGGUUCCACAUAUCCUCUGUCAUCUGCCCCUGCAGCAACUCCUGAGCCUGCAGAGGGUCAGCAAGUCAUUCCAGUCCCUCAUCCAGCUGUACCUGGCCAACAUGCGCUGCUUUGACUCCAGCCAGAUUGGACCUGCCAUUCCUCGAGCUGCUUUUGUUAACCUGUUGAAGGACAACGAAGUUCUGCAGCAGCUGGCACUUCAGAACUGCUCCGACUGGCUGACAGACCGGGAACUGCUCCCAGUCAUUGGGCAGAACCACCACCUGCACCAGAUCCAGCUGAAGGGCUGUGCCCAGCUCAGCCGCCACGCGCUUGUGGCCAUCUCACUGAGCUGCCCCAACCUGCGCCAGCUCUCCCUGGCUCACUGUGAGUGGGUGGACAGCCUGUCCCUGCGCAGCCUGGCUGACCACUGCAAGGCGCUGGAGGCUGUGGACCUGACGGCCUGUCGCCAGCUGAAGGACGAGGCCAUCUGCUACCUGGUGCAGAAGUGCAGCAGGCUCAAGUCUCUGUCACUGGCUGUCAAUGCCAACGUGGGCGACGUGGCAGUCGAGGAGACUGCCAAGUGCUGCCCAGAGCUGGAGCACUUGGACCUGACAGGGUGUCUGCGAGUCAAGAAUGACUCCAUCAGGGUCCUGGCUGAGUACUGUCCCAAGCUACGCUCGCUGAAGGUCAAGCACUGCCACAACGUGGCUGAGUCCAGCUUGAGUGUCCUCCGAAGCCGUGGGGUGGAGCUGGAUGUGGAGCCUCCGCUGCAGAGGGCUCUUGUUCUGCUGCAGGAUGUGGUUGGCUUUGCCCCUUUCAUCAACCUUCAGAUCUAGAACUGCUGCUGCUGGGGAGGGGGGGACUGACACAAUGCUGGGAUCCCAGAAGGAUGCCGGAACUGGCUGCUGUGGAGACGUGCAGAGGGAGAGGUCAGUUCCAUUGGUGAGGCUGGCCUGAGUGGGGCUCACUCUUUCCUCUGGGGCUGUUUAGCAGCCACUGAGUGUUCAUAAGUGGACUUCAUUGCUGCCUCUGGGGAAAGUAGCUCCCUCUGCAGUGGCGUGGAAAGAGCGAGUGAUUUGCAGGAACACCAUGGUGCUGAACAGGCCUUGGUCAGGCCAGCUAAUAGAUAGGAUUUAUUAUUUGUUGCAUUUUAAA